UUGGGACUCGGUCUACUUGGUCCGUUCUGGGCCGGGAGGGGUGGGCUUGGGGUGCUGCUGCCGGGCUGCAGCCAUGCGGCGCGACGUGCGCAUCCUGCUGUUGGGCGAGGCCCAGGUGGGGAAGACUUCUCUGAUCCUGUCGCUGGUCGGCGAGGAGUUUCCCGAGGAGGUCCCUGCCCGCGCGGAGGAGAUCACCAUCCCCGCCGACGUCACCCCGGAGAAGGUGCCCACUCAUAUCGUGGAUUUCUCAGAAGCGGAGCAGACAGAGGAGGAACUUCAGGAGGAGAUCCUCAAGGCAAAUGUAGUGUGCGUGGUGUACGAUGUGUCUGAGGAGACCACCAUUGAGAAGAUCCGUACCAAGUGGAUCCCCCUCGUGAAUGGCAGGACGGCGACAGGGCCCAGGUUGCCCAUCAUCCUGGUAGGCAAUAAGUCAGACCUGCGGCCGGGGGGUACCAUGGAGGCUGUUCUGCCCAUCAUGAGCCAGUUUCCUGAGAUAGAGACGUGCGUGGAGUGUUCAGCCAAGCACUUGAGGAAUAUUUCUGAGCUGUUCUACUAUGCCCAGAAGGCUGUUUUGCAUCCCACAGCCCCCCUUUAUGACCCGGAGACCAAACAGCUAAGGCCUGCGUGCGCCCAGGCGCUCACACGGAUCUUCAGGCUGUCGGACCAGGACCUAGACCAUGCGCUGAACGACGAGGAGCUUAAUGCCUUCCAGAAGUCCUGCUUUGGCCACCCCCUGGCCCCACAGGCCCUGGAGGAUGUGAAGAGGGUGGUGUGCAAGAACGUGCCAGGUGGUGUGCAGGCUGACCGGCUGACCCUGGAAGGCUUCCUCUUCCUGAACACACUCUUCAUCCAACGUGGCCGGCAUGAGACCACGUGGACCAUCCUGCGGCGCUUUGGUUACAGUGACUCGCUGGAGCUGACGCCUACCUACCUCUGUCCGCCGCUCCAUGUACCCCCUGGCUGCAGCACGGAGCUCAACCAUCGUGGCUACCAGUUUGUGCAGCGGGUAUUUGAGAAGCAUGACCAGGACCAUGAUGGUGUCCUCUCGCCCACGGAACUACAGAACUUCUUCAGUGUGUUCUCAGUUGCCCCGUGGGGCCCUGAACUCUCACACACAGUCCCCACUCAGGCUGGCUGUCUGCCCUUGCAUGGGUAUCUCUGCCAGUGGACCCUGGUGACAUACUUGGAUGUCCAGCAAUGCCUUGCAGACCUGGGCUACCUGGGUUACCCCACGCUCUGUGAACAGGACUCCCAGGCACAGGCUAUCACAGUUACUCGGGAGAAGAGACUGGACCAGGAGAAAGGGCAGACCCAGCGCAGCGUUCUCAUGUGUAAGGUGUUGGGCGGCCGAGGGGUGGGCAAGUCAGCCUUCCUGCAAGCCUUCCUCGGCCACAGCCUCGGGGAAGCCAGGGACCCCCAUGAGAAAUCCCCCGUGCAUACCAUCAAUACAGUGCAGGUCCGCGGACAGGAGAAGUACCUGAUUCUGUGUGAAGUGAGUGCUGACAGCCUGCUGGACACCUCUCUAGACACUACCUGUGAUGUCGCCUGCUUAAUGUUUGACAGCAGUGAUCCCAAGACCUUUGUGCACUGUGCUUCCAUAUACAAGCGUUAUUACAUGGAUGGGCAGACCCCCUGCCUCUUUAUCUCCUCCAAAGCUGAUCUCCCUGAAGGUGUUGCCCCACCAGGCCUGUCACCAGCUGAGUUCUGCAGGAGGCACCGGCUGCCUGCCCCUGCCUCGUUCUCCUGCUUGGGACCAGCCCAGCCCAGCACAGAUGUCUUUACCCAACUUGCUACCAUGGCCACUUUCCCACACCUGGUGCACACAGAGCUGCACCCCACCUCCUUCUGGCUCCGAGGAAUGCUGGUGGCUGUCGGGACCGCGGUGGCUGCUGUCCUUAGCUUCUCUCUAUACAGGGUCCUAGUGAAGAGCCGAUGACAAAGGACCCAUGAGCCUCUCCUACCCCCAGGCACAGCACACUGUGUGGGCCCACACGGCAAAGGAGUAUGGGCUUCCAGUCUGUUGGAGUAAUGUCUGUGUGGCUUACUACAGGGUCCCUGGGACUGAUGUGGGUUCCUGCUCAGGGACAUGGUAUCUAGAUCUUGCCUUCCAAAAAUCUGUUGCCCUAUUGCAGGCCUGUCCUGCUGAGCCUGAACGUACUGGUGCCAGGUGUGAGGCCUUAGCCUUGGAGGGAGUAUUGUGUUAAGGGCUGGGCUGUGAGUAAGGAAGUCGGUGACCAGGACCUGAAGUACUCAGGGUGUUCCCUCCUUCCUGGUUGUGUCUGGCCAGUGGACAUGGGGGGGCAGAGGUGUUGGUCAUUCAGGGAGGGACCCGAUACCCACAGAGCACAGAGUUCCCACCUUUCUGUCAGGUGUGAAGACUUACCCACACUGCCAGCUGCAGAGCAAGUGGAACUGGGGUUCCUGAUUAAAUGUCACUUGUCCUUUUUCAUCUCUUGGAUUUUGAUCUCUCAAUACAACUUUUUUCUUUCUUUAAAAAAUAUGCUUAUUUUAUGA